GGAGCCGGGGAUCGGCGGAGCAGUGAGCCGGGGAGUGCGGGGCGGGUGUGAAAGUAGCGCCCGCACUGCGUCAGUGUGCCGGGGCAGGGAGAGGGGGCAGAGCCGCCGGGAGGUGGAGCCGAGUGAGUGCCGCAGCCGACACUGCUCGCACUACCCCGUUUGCAAGGAGCCAGUGCCGGAGCCAUGGGGGAUGCGAGGAGCGGGUGAGGGAAGGGAGAUCGAGAGGGAGCAGCCGGGUUUAGGCUGAGCAGCCGCCUCCAGCAGCGAUGAGCAACCCCAGCCCCAGCCCGGGAUCUUGCCGCUUCGCCGACUACUUCGUGCUGGCCGGCAUCGACACGGACAGCGGGCUGGAGCCCGACGAGCUCUCAGCGCUAUGCCAGUGGGUAGAAGCAACACGGUAUGGCAGGAGCCAAGAAACUCCAUGUCCAAACAAAGCCUCAGGAGAAAACUUUGAUCAGAGUCCAUUGAGAAGAACCUUCAAGUCUAAAGUGUUAGCCCAUUAUCCUCAAAAUGUGGAAUACAACCCUUUCGAUCAAGAUGCUGUCAAUAUGCUCUGCAUGCCCAAAGGGCUCUCCUUCAAAACCCAGGCGGAAAACAGGGAUCCGCUGUUCCACGCCUUCCUCAUCACGCGGGAGGACGGCUCUCGCACCUACGGCUUCGUGCUCACCUUCUACGAGGAGGUCACCUGCCGGCAGAUCUGCAGCGCCAUGCAGACACUGUACCAGAUGCACAACGUGGAGCAGUGCAGCAGCGUGUACGCCUCGUCCUCCUGCAGCAUGGACUCGCUGGCCAGCAGCAUCGACGAGGGGGACAGCUCCUCGCAGGUCAAGAUGCAGCGCUACAACUCCUACGACAUCGGCCGCGACACCCUCUACGUGUCCAAGUGCAUCUGCCUGAUCACCCCGCUGCCCUUCGUGCAGGCCUGUCGCAAGUUCCUGCGGCAGCUGCACAAGGCGGUGAGCUCCCAGCAGACUCCACCGCUGCCCCUGGAGAGCUACAUCCACAACAUCCUCUACGAGGUGCCGCUGCCUCCCCCCGGCCGCUCGCUCAAGUUCUCAGGGGUCUAUGGGCCGAUUAUCUGCCAGCGACCGGGACCGACUGAGCUUCCCCUCUUUGAUUUCCCACUGCGAGAAGUCUUUGAACUGCUGGGCUUGGAAAACUUGGUUCAGCUCUUCACCUGCGUGCUUCUGGAGAUGCAGAUUCUUCUGUACUCACAAGAUUACCAGCGGCUGAUGACAGUGGCCGAGGGGAUUACGGCUCUUCUGUUCCCCUUCCAGUGGCAACAUGUCUACGUCCCCAUCCUCCCGGCCUCCCUCCUGCACUUUCUCGACGCUCCAGUUCCCUACCUGAUGGGCUUGCAAUCCAAGGAACCCAAUGACCGGUCCAAGUUGGAGCUUGCACAGGAGGUCAACAUCCCCUCACAUGUACACGGAAGAGAAGCAUUCAUGACCUCCGCACUUCAUCCUCAUCAAAGUGGGUACUCUUUUAACACAAAGGCGAACCUGUGCUUUGUGGACAUUGACAACCAUUUCAUCGACCUGCCGGAGGAUUUCCCCCAGUUCCCCAACAAGCUGGAGUUCAUCCAGGAGAUCUCGGAGGUGCUGCUUCAGUUUGGGAUCCCGCCAGAGGGGAACCUGCACUGCAGCGAGAGUGCCACUCAGCUGCAGAACCUGGUGCUGGACGAGCUGGUCCACGACAAGAAGAACGGCAACCUGACCAGCACCACCAUCAACAUGUACGAGCUGCUGAAGGGCAACGAGACGCUGGCGCGGCUGCAGGCCCUGGCCAAGCGCACGGGGGUGUCCGUGGAGAAGAUGGAGAUAGCCGCACCCCUGGAGAAGGAGAGGGACACCAGGUGCCAGUGCAGUGAGGAGGAGCUCCGCGACUACAAGCUGGCCGUGCAACUCCGCGAGGUCUUUGCCAAACGCUUCACGCAAAUGUUCGCUGACUACGAGGCCUUUGUCAUCCAACCCGCGCAGGACAUGGAGUCAUGGCUGACUAACCGGGAGCAGAUGCAGAAUUUUGACAAGGCUUCAUUUCUCUCGGACCAGCCAGAGCCCUACCUUCCUUUCCUCUCACACUUCAUAGAGACACAGAUGUUUGCAACUUUCAUCGACAAUAAGAUUGUGUCACUGUGGGAGGAGAAGGAUCCUCUGCUCAGGGUGUUUGAUUCGCGCAUCGAGAAAAUGAAGAUCUACAAUGUCCGCGUCCCCACAAUACGUACCUCAAACUAUCAGAAGUGUACCAUCUUGAAAGAAGCAGCCCAAGCCAUUGAGCAGCGCCUGGUGAAGAUCGACCACACUGCCAUCCAUCCACACCUGCUGGACAUGAAGAUUGGACAGGGGAAGUAUGAGCAAGGAUUCUUCCCCAAGCUGCAGGCAGAUGUACUGGCAACAGGACCAACCAACAACAACCGAUGGGCGAACCGAGGCGCCACAGCGCAGCGAAGGAAGGAUCGUCUACGGCAACAUUCGGAGCACCUGGCACUGGACAACGACCUGAAAGAGAAAUACAUGCAAGAGGCCCGGAGCUUAGGAAAAAGCUUACGGCAACCGAAACUCUCCGACCUAUCCCCUGCUGUCAUUGCACAAACUAACUGGAAGUUCGUGGAAGGACUGCUCAAAGAAUGUCGCAUCAAGACCAAGCGAAUGUUGGUGGAAAAGAUGGGUCACGAGGCAGUGGAACUGGGGCACGGAGAGGCCAACAUCACUGGCCUGGAGGAGAACACGUUGAUAGCGAGCUUGUGUGACCUGCUGGAGAGAAUCUGGAGUCAUGGGCUGCUCAUCAAACAGGGGAAGUCUGCACUCUGGUCCCACCUGGUACACUAUCAGGAGUGUGAGGAGAAGCGGGAAGGUAUUCUGGACAUCCCAGUUGGAACUGGAUCGGAACGGCGGAAGUCAGAGUCGGGACUGAUCUUGCCAUCCCUCAAGGUUUCCCUCAUCCAUGACAUGAGACAUGUCCAGCAAAUGAGUGAGAUCAAGACAGACGUGGGUCGAGCCCGGGCAUGGAUACGGCUCUCUCUGGAAAAAAAGGUGCUCUCCCAACAGCUCAAGCAACUGAUGUUCAACCAAAGUCUUAUCAAGAAGCUGUACAAGCGUUAUGCCUUCCUACGUUGCGAAGAGGAGAAGGAACAAUUCCUUUAUCACCUGUUGUCGCUCAAUGCCGUGGACUACUUCUGCUUUACCAGCGUGUUCACGACCAUCAUGAUCCCAUACAGAGCGGUGAUAAUCCCCAUCAAAAAGCUGAGUAACUCCAUCACCACUUCCAAUCCUUGGAUCAGUGUGUCGGGUGAGCUGGGUGGCACUGGAGUGAUGCAAGUCCCCAAGAACCUCUUGGAGAUGACCUUUGAGUGCCAGAACCUGGGCAAGCUGACAACCGUUCAGAUUGGACAUGACAACUCAGGGCUUUUAGCCAAGUGGCUGGUGGAUUGCGUGAUGGUCAGGAAUGAGAUCACAGGACACACCUACAGGUUCCCGUGCGGCCGGUGGCUGGGGAAGGGAGUGGACGACGGCAGUUUGGAGAGGAUCCUGGUGGGUGAGCUCCUGGUGGUGGAGGACGACCUGAGCAAGCAGUGCCGCACCCCGCCGCAGCUGCGAUCUCCCACCGUCGCCCGGCGACUCAGCAUCACCUCCCUCGGCAGCAGGACGGGCAAGCCAAAUGCUGGGCAAAUCCAAGAAGGAAUUGGGGAAUCUAUCAAUAAUAUCGUGAAGCACUUUCACAAGCCAGAAAAAGAGAGAGGCAGUCUGACCAUCCUGCUGUGUGGGGAGUAUGGCCUGGUGUCUGCGCUGGAACAAGUCUUUCACCACGGAUUCAAGUCAGUGCGCCUCUUCCAGAAGAACGUCUUCAUCUGGGACUUCCUAGAGAAAGCGGUCACGUACUUUGAAACGGCCGAAGAGGAGGAGUCCCAGGUCAACCUGCUGGAUGGGAAACGUUGCUCGGAGACCUCGCGAUCGCUGUGUCAGUACGUGAACGCCAUCAACACCGCGCCGAGGAACAUCGGGAAAGACGGGAAGCUGCAGCUGCUCGUGUGUCUCGGAGCCAGGGAUCAUCUGCUCCACCAGUGGAUCCCGUUGCUGGCAGAGUGCCCGGUCAUCUCCAGGAUGUACGAGGAUUGCGCCCUGCUCCGUGACCGCGCCACCGUCAACACGCUGAUCCGUGUCCUCCAGACACUGCACGACUUCAACAUCACGCUGGAGACCUCGCUGGUCAAGGGCAUCGACGUGUAGCGUUGGCUUUCCCAGAGGCGGGAAACCCUUCCCCACCACCCCCGCCCGACAUGUUGUGUGGGGAGGGGCCUCCGAUCCGCCACGCCAUGACAUGACGACUGACCAUGAGACACUGAAUGGGGGCGGACAACAAACCAACUGCCGAAAGGUCAUUGUGUAGGAAGGAGCUGCUGAUGCUGGUUUACACCGAAGAUGGACACAAAUGGCUGGAGUAACUCAGCGGGUCAGGCAGCAUCUCCGGAGAAAUGGAAUAGGUGACGUUUCAGGUC